AACUGUCCCAGCACUUAUCACACACCACAUGAUUUUGUAAUUUUGUAAAACUAGAGGAUUAACUUACAUAUUUUGGCUCUGCCCUGUAUCUGAAAGUAACGAUAUCGGAAAUGCAAUGAUUUUGAUGCUUGAUUAAUUUUAUGUCGGUGUUCUCAAACUCCCUUGCUUUCAAUUGCCAGUAGUGAUUGUUACAUCAGCCCGAGAAUGUUCAGUUAAGAAUGUUCUAAUUACAUAUUUGUGAUAUGCAUGUUGAAGGAUUAACUACUGUACUCCACAGUGCUCCUCUCCAAUGUUGAACUGCUACCCUCAGGAGAAGUGAUGUUGCCCACAGUUUCAUCUGCAAAAGCCCGCAGACUUGUUUUCUUAAUCUGGGAGUACACAUGAGGCACCAUGCAACAUUUUGAAUAGCAAAUCAUGAGAGGUUUUCUCCUUGUGAUGCUGAUGUCAUUCACAUAUGUCAGGCACAUCACUUCCUGUCCCGCUUCCUGUGUAGUGUGCUCGGAGGAUGCCAUCAUCUGCCACAAGCUCUCCAACAUCAUAGGAGUUCCCGAGACCACUAAGGUCUUGAUGCUCACAGACGGGCAGAUCGACUCUGUGGGCAAUGGCAACUUCUCGGACCUGUCAAACAUGACCAUGCUGGGCCUGAGCAACAACGCCAUCGCCAACAUCACGGAGAGCGCCUUCCGGAACCUCACGGUCCUCAGGGUGCUGCUCCUGGACCACAACCUCAUCACGAGCGCGUCCAUAUUCAGCUCCACGUUCAGCCAGCUCUGGAGCCUGGAGAUCCUGCAGCUGGGGAACAACGCCAUCCGUGUCAUCGACGGCGGCUGGUUCCGGGACCUGGGGACCCUGCUCACCCUGCAGCUGGAGGGGAACCUCAUCACCAGCCUGGGGUCCGCCACCUUCCGGUCCGACCUGGAGAACCUGGAGACGCUGGACCUGUCGGACAACCUGAUCGAGCACGUGGGCCGCGGAAGCUUCCGGGCCCUGCCCCGGCUGCGCAGGCUGGACCUGUCCCGGAACAGCCUGCGCACGGCCCCGGACGCCUUCUCCUACCUGUCCUGGCUCUCGGCCCUCAACCUGGACCACAACCGGUGGAACUGCACCUGCGAGCUGCAGGAGCUGUCGGCCUUCCUCAGCAGCUACAUGCAGGCCCCGGACAAGGUCCUGUACAACGGCAGGCAGCUGGUCUGCCUGAGCGCCGCCAACCCCGCCGUGCACACCGUGCUGCAGCUCACCGAGGCCAACUGCGUGCCGCCCAACGAGAACAUCACCGUGGUGAUCGCCGCCAAGGGCGGCAUCUCCGCCCGUCAGUACGCCAGGGACGUCUCUUUGGCCGCGUUGUUCUUCUUCGCCGGUAAGGUUCUUCUUCUGGCCCUCUUAACCCUUCAAGAUGAUGAGCAGCACAUUCUGGAAGGGGGCCUGGGGCAGGAGGAACUAAAACCGCUGUCUAACCAAGGAAGCACUGACAUGCUACCUAAUCAGGAAUCAGAGGGCAAGAUCAUGGACACAUUGACUGUGGAGGAAGAACCCAAAAAGGAGAAUGCUCCUCUGCUCGACACCCUUCAAGGAGACAACUCAGAUGGGGCGAUGGUGACAGACGUUCCAGUCAAAUAA